AUGUGGAUUUGGAAUAAUUUGGUUUCUUCCACGUUAGGAUCACGUUCUCAUCUUCGUAAACUUUCAAGGAAAGAAAUUAAUUCAGUUAAUUUGGUUAAAGCUUGUGGCUAUCUAAGUUCACCACCGGAACCACUAGCACUUCGAUUAUCUUCUAAUUUAUUGUAUGGAAUUACACGUUUAUAUCAACAACAGUACCAAUUUUAUUACGUGGAUACAAAUAAUUUAUGGCUAAAAUUUCAAAAAGCUUUGUCCGAAUUUCGUAAUGAAUCCGUCGACAUGUCAACAUCAGAGGCAAGACAAGAAGCAAUAACGCUGCGAGAUGAUCCCUAUUUCGAAAUCGAAAUGUUAAUAAAUAAAUCGAAUGAUACAGAUAUGGUUUUUGAGAUCGAAAGACAAAUUGAUUGGAUAUUAUCUUCAGAACAAGAAAUUCCUAACCAAGUUUUGACGAAUAAUCGAAAAAAUGAUAAUAAUAGAUCACGGCGUUCUUUAAUUACUCUCCCGGAAGAGAUUUUCAGUUCAGGUGAUGGUGAAUUUACUCAGUCGUUGUCAACUGGAUUUGGUGGUGGAUUUGGUUUUAGUCUUAACGAUGAUGAUUUAUUAAGAAUAGAAGAUAAUAAUGGUGGUGUUGGCGGAGGAGGAAUGGAAAGAAGUGGCGUAGUAGUUGAUGAGGAGGGAAUAACUGAUGGUUUGAAUUCUGAUACUAUCAAAGAGAUUGAGCAUAGAGUUAGAGACGAACAUAAUAAUGUCGAUCAAUCAAGAGACCACAAAAGGCGUAGAACUGAACUUCAAAUUCAUGAUGGUGUUGAAAAUCAUCAUGAUUUCCAAAAUACUGUGGAAGUAUACGAGCAACAAGGGCAAGAUGAACAAAGGAUUGGACAGGAUGAGAUGGAAGUAGUAAUUGAACCACGAGUUAUUGAUGAAGAAGAAAAUAAUAGAAGGUCAUCCGUCUCGACACAACCGAGACGUCGUCGUAGACGUAGGCUACAAAAUAUGUACGAUGAACCAGCAGAAUUAACAAAUGAACAAAUUCUUCAAAUGCGCGAAAGCGUUGUUGUUGAUUUGGAUAUUGCUGAACAAAAAGCAAGAGAAAAGAAUGUUAGCCAAAAAUAUAAAGAUCAAUGGAAUAAUAUAUUAUAUACAUCUGGAUUACCACUGAGAGCAAGACCAUUGGUAACUUUAUGGGAGAAUCAUUGUGCACCAAUGCUACAAGAUGAUAUCGUCAGACAAAGAACAACCCAUCCACCGCCAAUGCUAUCUAGUAAUGAUAUUUAUUUGCAAGAACCAAUUAGCCUAUCUUUUACUACUAACAUUCCUGAAAUUAACAAAGAACAUGAUAGAACAAGCAGUUUACAAGAUGUUGAAUCAGAAGUGUUGAGGAGAGGAGAAAGUUCAACAAAUGUAUCAUUAUCAUCUGGGCUUAGAAGGAGUAGAGAUAGUAGUUUGAAUAGAUCUCAUGACAGCAGCGGAUUUAAUUAUGGUGGUAGUGCUAGUGGUAGCGAUUUUUUUGAUUUAUCAGGAGUAGUCGAAAGUGUUGACAAUAGAAACCAAAGAAAUUCGAUUGGAUUUAAUCGAGCAUUAUUGGAUUUAUCAAAAAGUAAUAGCGGUCAAUUAUCGGAUUUUCCAAUAGUUGAUGAUAAUUAUGGAGGCGAUGAGGAACAUGAAUCAAUGGCGUUCAUGGAAUCGGUUAAAUCACUAAUGUAUGAGGCAAAAGUUACUAGUGCCAUUUACCAAGAUAUAAUUGACGCUCAUAAUAUGAAACAAUCCCAAGUUACACGAUCAUUUUAUCAUAUCCUGAUAGGAGUAGUAGGAUUGGUGGAAGCUCUUGAAGAUGAUAAUGACACAGCAUUAUUGGUUGAUGUUAUUAUGGAGGGUGACGAAGAUGUUGGUGAGCUGAGAGCGACAGAUGACACAGAUCCAGAAGAAUCAGAGACAUUAACAGCGUCACAAAGAGCAGUGAGAGCAAGACCAUUGGUAACUUUAUGGGAGAAUCAUUGUGCACCAAUGCUACAAGAUGAUAUCGUCAGACAAAGAACAACCCAUCCACCGCCAAUGCUAUCUAGUAAUGAUAUUUAUUUGCAAGAACCAAUUAGCCUAUCUUUUACUACUAACAUUCCUGAAAUUAACAAAGAACAUGAUAGAACAAGCAGUUUACAAGAUGUUGAAUCAGAAGUGUUGAGGAGAGGAGAAAGUUCAACAAAUGUAUCAUUAUCAUCUGGGCUUAGAAGGAGUAGAGAUAGUAGUUUGAAUAGAUCUCAUGACAGCAGCGGAUUUAAUUAUGGUGGUAGUGCUAGUGGUAGCGAUUUUUUUGAUUUAUCAGGAGUAGUCGAAAGUGUUGACAAUAGAAACCAAAGAAAUUCGAUUGGAUUUAAUCGAGCAUUAUUGGAUUUAUCAAAAAGUAAUAGCGGUCAAUUAUCGGAUUUUCCAAUAGUUGAUGAUAAUUAUGGAGGCGAUGAGGAACAUGAAUCAAUGGCGUUCAUGGAAUCGGUUAAAUCACUAAUGUAUGAGGCAAAAGUUACUAGUGCCAUUUACCAAGAUAUAAUUGACGCUCAUAAUAUGAAACAAUCCCAAGUCUUGCAACAAAGAAUCUGA